AUGCCUGGGUCCUCGGACAACGGCUCCUCGAGCAACGGCAACCAGGCGCCGCAGAGCCCGCCCGGCGACACCAUCCACGCCGCCUCCGCCGGCGACUCUGCCAUCCCCGACAAUGCCAGCGUCCCCAAGCCCAAGCGCCUCGCGUGCAUGAUCUGCCGCAAGCGCAAGCUCAAGUGCGAUGGCGUGAGGCCCAGCUGCAGCACAUGCUCGCGCCUCGGCCACUCGUGCGCCUAUGAUGAGCAAAGGAGGAAGAGCGGCCCGAAGCGCGGAUACGUCAAGGCCCUUGAAGAGCGGCUGAAGCAAGUCGAGACGCUGCUCAAGACGCAAGACCCGGCCCCGGCCAACACGAGCCCCUCAAAGGCCAUGGGCAUGUCCAUCUCCGGCUCGCGCAACUCGGCCGCCACCAACGGCCUGCCCGUCGCCAACCCGCCCAUGGGCAUGGCCGGCGACCACGACAUGGACGGCCGGUGGCAGCACUUCAACGGCGAGUCGCCCCGGCAGGGCGCCAUUGACGACUUCAACUUCAACGCCAACAUGGGCAUGCCCAUGAACAAUGUCGGCGGCAACUUCACGUGGGAGAUGAUUGGGCUCGGCCUCGAGGAGCCCUUGCCGCCGCAGGAGACGAUUGAUGAGCUACACCAGGUCUACUUUGAGAAAGUUCACCCCUCGGUGCCCAUGAUUCAUCGCUACCGGUACCUCGCCGCCAUGAACUUGGCGCCGAAUCAGCGGCCGCCAGUGUGCCUCCGCUACGCCAUGUGGACGAUGGCUUGCUCCAUCACGGACAAGUAUUCCGAUCUCAAGGACCUCUUCUACCAGCGGGCGCGCAAGUACGUCGAGGCCGACUACGUCAAGGGCUACGGCGAGCACAUGAUUUCGGUUGCCCACUGCCAGACGCACAUUCUGCUGGCCUGCUACGAGAUGAAGAUGAUGUACUUUCCCCGAGCCUGGAUCAAUACCGGCUCGGCCGUUCGUCUCGCGCAAAUGAUCGGACUCCACCGGUUAGACGGCCAGGGCUUGGACGUCAAGCAAUGUCUACCGCCGCCAAAGGACUGGACUGAACGGGAAGAGCGGCGUCGCACGUUUUGGAUGGCCUUUUGCGAGGAUCGCUACGCCAGCAUCGGCACCGGGUGGCCCAUGACGAUUGACGAGCGGGACAUUAUGACCAAGCUGCCUUCGUCGGAAAGCGCCUAUGACAUGAGUCGCCCCGAGCAGACGCAAACUCUCGCCGAGUGCACCGGGCCGAACGGAGCCGGCAAGCUGUCGUCUUUUGGCGGCAUUGUUCUCAUGGCCUGCCUGUUCGGCCGCAACCUGGUCCAUCUCCACCGUCCCGACGAUGACGAUCUCGACCAUGACCUCAACGGUCCGUUCUGGAAGCGCCACCGCCAGAUGGACAACAUUCUGCUCAACACCUCGCUCUGCCUGCCCGCCCACUUGAAGCUGCCGGGCGGCCUCAACAACCCUAACGUCGUCUUCACAAAUAUGAGCAUCCACACGUCAACCAUUUGCUUGCAUCAAGCCGCCAUUUUUAAGGCCGAGAAGAACAAGCUCGCCGCUUCGGUCAGCUCGGAGAGCAAGGUGCGGUGCAUCACGGCAGCCAACGAGAUUGCCAGCAUCAUGCGGACCAUUUCCCACAUGGACUUGUCAGCUAUGAACCCCUUCAUCUCAUUCUGCCUGUACGUGGCGGCACGAGUGUUUGUGCAGUACCUCAAGAGCCGGCCAGACGAUGCGCAGACUGCGGACUCGCUUCGAUUCCUUCUGUCUGCCAUGAACGCGCUGAAGCGCAGGAACCCCUUGACGGAGUCGUUCCUUGUCCAGCUGGACGUUGAUUUUGAGGCGCUGGCCGCGCGCAUCCCCAAGUUGAGGAACGCGUUCCCGCGACCUGGUGACAGCCCUGGAAUGGGCAACGGGGCUGGAGGCAAGAACCAACCCAUAUGCGACGACCCCGAAGGCGUUCAAGGUAUCAUGGCCUACCGCAACGAGUGCCACUUCAUGAAGAUGGCCGGGGACGACGGCAAUGCCGCAACGGCACCAGAUCUGGUAGAAAACGAGAACCAAAAUUCCGCGCCGCCGGGCUUUGCGCAAACGUGGCUCUCGGCCGACCAGCAGUCGAUACCAGUGCUGACGCCCAGCUCGGGGACAAUGUACGAGAAGGGCGCCGAGAAUCAGGACGCGCAAGGAUCGCCCGAAGGCGGGCCAUCCAACGGACCAACGCCCAAUUCGAGCGGCGCCGGGUCCGAUGCCAAGUCACAUUUGCCAGCCGGCCACAUGAACGGAGCGACGACAGAAGCGGCAUUCCGACCUCCCCUCUCACCGCAGCAGAACAUGAUCAACCCUUCCCAUGGCAUGGACAGCGGGAACCACCAAAGCUUCUUUGGCGACUCGGGAUUCAUUCCGCAAAGUAUGCCGCAACAGAGCAAUGGGUUCGGGAUGCCGGCAGGCGGCUGGACGGACAUGAACGGACAGCCAGCCGGGAUGCCAGUGGGCGAGGGCGUGCUACGGGCUCUCAUGAACAUGGGCCCGAUGGACGCCAUGGACCUCUCGUCGUGGGAUAACGGAGCCGACACGCACAUGAGAGGGUGA